AUGCGAACUUUAUUACUUGAUGUAUUAUCUUUUAUCAAUGACUCGAGAUGGCAACAGGUUCUUAAAACCAUUUCACAAAAUUAUCAGAACCCUUUGGAUGCAGAUGAAGUAUUCAGGAAAGACCUUAAAAAUUUGGUUGAAAGGGAGAAUAUCACGAAUAAUUUUAUUAACGAGGCUCUUAGAAACAAGGCUCAUGUUUCAAAUCAAAGCAACACUAGAAAACAGACAAUGAGGCGCUCAGGCAAGUACAUUUGGGCACCAGGCACAGAAUUCUCAAUAACCCAGAACAAAAUCAUAGUUAGAGAAAGGUUAUACUCCCGAAUGGACAAGCUUACCUCUUUACAAAAGCAAGAGUUACAACAGACAUCAAUAGCAAAAGAACAGGACAAUGAAAUAAUUGAACAAGAAAUACGGAUAAUGAUUCAAAAAGGCAUAAUAAAGGAA